AUGACCAACGAUGACCUGCCCUGGCCCGAGCUUGGGAACAUAUCUCGUGGCGCCACGCGAGGCAAUCAAGGCCAGAAGGGCGUCCUCGGUCCCCCGGAUGAGCAGGGUCGAUGUCUGCUGCAGCUGCGAGUACAGCCUGGCGUGCUCGAGGUCCGUCUUACCCGACAAGCAAGCGACUGGUAUCGUCUACUGGACAGUGAAGUCACACAGGCGCUCAAGUUGACGAAGACCUACUGGAGGAAGGCGCGCAGGAGGCAGGACUAUGAUGCGAGAGCAGACCAGGAUCAUAUGGAGCUGCACGAAUGGCUGCAGCAGCUGAAGGACAAGGUCAUGUCUCAUCUAGAAAUGCUCAUGCAGAAGGGCGACAUUCCUGGCCCGCCCUACAUCAUGCCCGAUAAUAUCGAGCUUGCGUUUCUCAGGAAAUUCGUGGAGCGUCAGACUGCUGGGGUCCCACAUAACCCCCGUUUGCGAGAAGCUGGCAUCACGCAAAAUCCGCCCCCGCCUACGUCUCAAGACCUCGGCUCAGAGAGCCCGGAACCUGGUGGAGAUCCCAGCAGUUCUGCGGCAAAGAGCGAGCAGCAUUCAGUUAGUCCCAGCUUUGCGCCACAACAGCCCGACACCUCAGCACGGUUGUCGCUGCUAAGCUCGGUGUCUGCGUCCACCGCGACGGAAUUUCCUUCCAUAUUUCAUAGAGCAGAGCUGGCGAUGCAAUUGGUACAAAAUGCUCGAGCAAAUCUGUUGCGCGCCCAGCAAGAAGUCCAUGACACCUACUCCAAAUAUUCCGUAUCCAUCGAAAAAGAAAACAAAGCACGACUGGAGAUGAACCGGGCUGUAGAGUAUCAAGUUGACAUAAUGUCCCAGCUACUGCGCCAGUAUCCAAUGCAGCCUAGUGGCACAGGCAUGAUUUCAUCUGACAUGUCUGCCCAGCGCAGUUUGAAUGGCCGCAUGAGCCCAUCACGCUACCAGCCCGAGGCAGGCCCGAGCCAGCCGCGACCGCAGGACGAGCGACGAGGGAGCAAUCAGCGUGUAGGCAUGCCAACGUGGAACGAGAGCUUGAUCGACCCGCACUUGGGCGCUGCUGGCUCGUCGCAUCCGCCACGCGCAGCCGGGGCGCACGUCGGGCAGGCGAUCGACUGGUCGCAGAUGGAGUCGCUGAGAGUGGACCAGUUCCAGUCCAGCGAGGCGAGGCUGAUGGAUCACGAUCUUUCAAGGUCUGUCUCGUCACCUCAGAUGUUAUCCUCAGAAAGGGUCAUGAACGGCCGAAAACACCUCAGGAGCUGGGACCAGACUGGGAUGCAAGACGCGCCACGCGACGGAGAGGAUGGUUCUGUACCUCCUCGAAAACGGAUGCACCCGCUAUCCGCCGAUGGCUUACACGUAGGGAAUAAUAUGAAUGGCGCAAUGCACGACAUGCCCUUGCCCUCUCAGUCAGUCCUAGGGACGCCCCCGACGCCGCAUUUCGUGGCAGAACAGCCGCACGUCUAG